AUGGAUGACCUGUCGGGGCUCGAUUGGUCCAAGACCGCCGCCAACCAGCCCAAGCCGCCUCCCAUGAACCCCUCCUUCUCCUCGCUGCGACCGAGCCCCUCGCCGUUUAGUUCUGGCCGAAGCACGCCGGCAUCCGCGAACGCAUCGACGGGAUCGCUGCCCAAGGCUGCGCCACCCAAGCCGGCGCAAGAUAGCUUCAGCAAUCUGAUGAACUUUGGCCAGGCAAAGUCGAACCAGAACCUGACCCUCGCGGAGCGACAAGCGCAGCUCGAGGCCGAGAAAAGGAUAAAGGCCGAGGAGCAGAGAAGGCAGACCGAGGCGCAGUUUGGCAGCGGGCAGCACUGGGAUGCGCUUGGAUCGCGCGCGUUUACGCCGAGUCCGAGUCUACAGCCACCCGCCCCUUCGAACGGACCCAAGCGCGACGACGAUGACCUUUUCGCUGCGUUCAACAAGGAUACCGCGGUUGACAAUUCCAGCCACUACCCACCCCCUGAGUCGAAGGGAUCGACUCCCGCGAACGGCGCUGGACUAGACCUGAGCAAUCCGACAGCAUGGAACUCGACCGCCGGCUCGAACGGAGACUUCCCCGUGGACGACGACGACCCAUUCGGCCUCAACGAAAUGAAACCGGCGGGCGCAGUCCCAGCGGCAAUAUCGACGAACGCGCUCGACGACGACGACUUCCUGGGCGAUCUCGGCAGGCCGGUAGAUGAGGUGCGCAAGAAGCAGCAGGCUGCGGCGCAACCUGAACCUGGCAAGCCUAUCGAGGACGACGAUUCGAGCUCGUCCGACGAGCCUCCGCAACCGCCGCGACGGGCGCCGGAGUCGCAGCCGAGAGCGAACAAGGAAUUCGACAGAGCUCUAGCUCAGCUCGUCGACUACGGCUUUUCUCCAGAAGAUGCCCGGCGAGGUUUGUCGGAGAGCGGGGCUGGCCUCAACGUACAAGCGGCGGCAAACUGGCUCCUGGACGACGCGCACCGGAAAGCCAAAGAAAAGGCACAAGGCAGAAGCUCGUCCACAGGGCCUGGCAAAGCUCCGGUGCAGACCGAGCAGAGGUCCGGCAACAGGGGCGACGCUGACUUUGCCAAGUCGGCCGCCGCCGUGGGCAGCAGCUUGUUCAAGACGGCCAACUCGCUGUGGAAGACGGGGCAGAAGAAGGUACAAAAGGCUGUGGCUGAUUUCAACCAAGAAGGCGAUCCGAGCCAGCCCAAGUGGAUGCGCGACGCGCAACUGCAACAAAGUCGCGCUCAAGAUGAGAAGAGAGCAGCUGCGCAGGCCACAGACGAAGCCAUGGCUCUGGAGGCCGGCGGCCGGCCUAAUCCUUCUCGCUCCAGCAGCAGGCAAGCAGCUGAUCCAAGAUUGGCCGCGGAGGCAGGACGCAGGGCGUCUCCAGCCCCAUCCUCCGGAACUCAAAGUAGAAGCAGUCCGGUUCCCCGGUGGCAGCAGAGCGCAUCACCAGCGCCAUCCGAUGCCAGGUCGCGCCUCAACAGGCUCGCUGCCGACGACGACAACUUCUCCAGCUAUGUCAGCGCAAACAGGAGGAAGAAGACGGCGCCGCCGCCCGAACAGCCCAAGCAGGAGCCGGAACCUGACCUCCUCUUCAACACACAGGCACCCAAGGCCCAGCCUAUUCCCCAUCGCCCGGCACAGCGCGACGCGCCGUCACCCGCGCGACGCCCGCAGGCCGCUCCGACACCUCCGCGGCGCGCCACCCCGAGGCCUGCCCGGCAAGUCCCUCCCAUGGACCACUCAGCGCUUCAGAGUUCCACCAAGCACAGGCUAGAAGGGACAGCCCACUUCAAGCGCGGAGACUUUGCCAUGGCUCACUCAUCCUACUCGUCGUCCAUGAACGCGGUUCCCGCAGCGCAUCCGUUGAUGGUCGUGCUCCUUACGAACCGCGCGCUGACGGCACUUAAGACUGGCGAGCCGAAGCAGGCCGUGUCUGACGCCGACGAUGCUCUCAAGAUCAUCGGGCCCAGCAAUGGGCAGGGGGAGAGUGUCGCCGUCAAAGGAGAGAACGGGCAGGACGAGCAGAGGGACAUGAAGGAGCUGUACGGUAAGGCAUUGAGCCGAAAGGCCGAAGCGCUGGAGCAGAUGGAGAAGUGGGCGGACGCUGGUGCCGUGUGGCAGCGAUGCGUCGAGGCCGGCGUAGGUGGAGCGACGGCCGUCAAGGGCCGACAGCGUUGCCAGAAUGCGCUCGCGCCCAAGCCUAAACCGGCUGCGAAACCAGCAGCGAAACCGAGACCGAAGCCGUCGGCCACGGCGAGCCUGGCGCCGCAGAAGAGCUCCGAAGCCGUCACGCGACUGCGCGAGGCGAACCAGGCGGCGGCACGGGAGGACGACGAGAAGUUUGCGCUGUCGGAAGCGGUCGAUGCCAGGGUGUCGGCCUGGCGCGACGGGAAGCGGGACAACCUCCGGGCCCUGUUGGCCAGCAUGGACAAGGUGCUGUGGGAAGGGUCCGGGUGGAAGAGCGUCGGGAUGCAUGAGCUCGUCAUGGCCAACAAGGUCAAGAUUGUGUACAUGAAGGCCAUUGCCAAGACGCAUCCAGACAAGCUGCCCCAGGACGCGAGCACCGAGGUGCGACUGAUUGCCGGGCUGGUGUUUAGCACGUUGAACGAGAGCUGGGAUAAAUUCAAGGCCGACAACGGCCUCUAG